AUGGGUGUCUGGGCCUGGAGGGAGCAGAGCCAUGGUCUGGACAGCAGGAGAUGCUUGUUCCCAGCCACAGCCACCUCUGGAGUCCAGGAGCGAGGGCAGUGCAGCCGCCUCCUCCCGCCCCAGCUGGGCUCUCUGCAGCUCCUUCAUGGCAAUGGCACCGAUGUGGGAUCAGUGCUCGUGUUCCAGUGCCCUGCUGAGCACCAGCUGGAGGGACCAGGCAUCGUCUCCUGCGUUUGGAAAGGGAACAGCACGCAGUGGACAGCCGGAGUGCCCUCCUGCAAGCCCAUAUCAAAGUACGAGACUUUUGGCUUUAAGGUCGCAGUGAUUGCCUCCAUUGUGAGCUGUGCUGUCAUUCUGCUGAUGUCCAUGGCUUUCUUAACUUGCUGUCUGAUCAAGUGUGUGAAGAAAAGUGAGAGGAGGAGAACUCAAAGAGAAAUGCAGCUGUGGUACCAGUUAAGGACUGAAGAACUAGAGCACAUGCAAGCUGCUUACUUUGGUCAUAAGGGAAGAAACAAUAACAACAACAAUAAGAAACUCAGGAAUGUUUCAGUAUUUGGUGAUGUGACUAACAUGGCAUAUGAUAACCAAGGCUUCUCCAGGUGCCAGGAAGAGUGGAGUCGGGAUGAUGUAGUUGCCAGGUGUUGCAAAGACAGCAGUCACCUGCUGAAGGCAGCCAAGAGCAGUGGUGCUCCUGGGACACACGCAGGACCAAGACACAACACCACACUGCAGACAGUGAGCUCCAUACACGUUGUUGAAGUCUACAGUCAUAAGGAUAGCUACAACAAACAAACCUGCCAGAUACCUGGAUAGCUGGUGUCUGAAAUGCAACUGCUUGUCUGGACCAAAAUGAAAUUUUGAUAGAAAAUGUGCCUUAAAGACAACAUAGAUAGUCCAUUAUUCAUAUGAAUUGUAAGUUUUCUAUAUUCCAAGAUGGUUAUUUAACAGAAAUGCUUCAAGGUCUCAUACAAAUAAAUAUAUGAAUGUUGA